AUGGCUCGUGCUGUUUCCUCAGCAGAGAUGCGGAAAGUUGCAGCUCGCAUUGUUCAAGAAUCUACUGAUUUUCUCACGGAAGUACUCAGCAAAAAAGAUCUGAGGAGCCUGAUAACUGAAGAUGGAGCCUGGAAGGGAUUUGUGGAAGCAGCAGAGUUGUCAAGGGAGGAGGAGGCUGCACUGCGUGAUGCUCUGAACGAACAUUUAGCAAAGGAGCCCACAGAUAAAGAUGACAGACCUCAAAGGGAGCAGCAGAAGAAGAGAUUUUUAAAAGAGUUUCCUGAGUUGAAAAAGAAACUAGAAGACCACAUCAGGAAGCUCCGAGAGCUGGCUGGCCAUCUUGACAAGGUACACAAGGACUCUACCAUCUCCAACGUGGUGUCCAGCUCAGUUAGUAUUGCCUCUGGAGUCCUGGGCCUCCUUGGUUUGGCUCUGGCACCCAUUACAGUAGGGGGCAGUCUGGUACUCACAGCAACCUCCGUGGGUCUGGGAGUGACAGCAUCUGCGGCUAGUCUUACGACUACCAUUGUGGAAGAAUCAAACAGACUGUCAGAUGAAUCUGAAGCCAGUAAACUGGUGGGAGCCAGCAUGAGCAUACUUGAGGAGAUUCUGAAGAUCCUGCCUAAGAUCACAGUCAAGCUUUCUACUACAGGUUUGGAAUUGGUCGAUGCCUACAAAAGCCUCAAGGAUACGAUCCGAGCCAUCAGGGCAGCCAGAGCCAUCUCUAGUUCUGGAGCAGUGGCCAGUAACCUCACAUCCACUGCCCAAGGUCUUCUCCCCGUGACCAGAGGAGCCAGGAUUAGAGCAGGGGGGGUUACAAGUUUGUUCCUUGUAUGGGAUGUGUAUCACCUUGUGAACGAAUCAGUGGAUCUGUAUAAUGGGGCCAAAACAGAGUCAGCUGGAGCACUGCGGGACCUGGCUCUCAAGCUGGAGGAGAAGCUGCAGGUAUUUCAGGAGUUCUAUAAUAAACUAAAGUGAGACCUGCCUCAGUGACCCCUCCUCCAAGCAGCUAAGAGUUCAGGGGAGAU